ACCCGCCAGCAGAGGCAGGCCAGGCGCGCCGCCGCAAGGUAGACAGGGAAAGGGAAGAGCGAGCGGGCACGCGGGCGCGGCCUCGACAGCCCACGUGCACAGCCACCCGCCGGGCCCGAGCACUCUUCAGAGAGAGGCAGCACGAGAGCGCAACGGACGACACUGAGGAGAAAAGGGGGAGGGGCUGCCUCUUUGCGUGGAGCGCGCCUAGUUAUUAAAGCGGGAAAGCGGGCAAAGGGAAUAAGCUUCCGACCGGAGGAGGAAAAGGCAGGAAAGGGGCUGGGUGACUCUGAAAACCUUCAUUCAAGGAGAGAUAGUUGCUUUUAAGCACAUCUUGGGAACCCAAGAGAAACAUGGAGCAUCUGACAUCAUUCAGCAGCUUCACAGAUGACCCUUUUGAGAAGCCACCAUGCCGAGGGUGCUCCUCGUACCUGGCAGAACCUUACAUAAAGUGUGCAGAGUGUGGGCCUCCUCCCUUCUUGCUAUGCUUGCAGUGCUUCACAAUAGGAUUUGAAUAUAAGAAACACCAGAGUGAUCACACCUAUGAAAUCAUGACAUCCAACUUCCCCAUCCUUGAUCCUACCUGGACAGCUCAAGAAGAAAUGGCUCUCCUAGAAGCUGUGAUGGACUGUGGCUUUGGAAACUGGCAGGAUGCAGCCAAUCAAAUGAACACAAAGACAAAAGAGGAAUGCGAAAAGCAUUACAUGAAACACUUCAUCAACAAUCCCCUCUUUGCAUCCACGUUAUUGAAUCUGAAGCGAGCUGAAGAGAAUCAGCACAGUGAUACAGCGAUUCCAUUUUACUCUGCUGAAGAUCCACCACGACCUACCUUUGAUUCCCUGCUCUCUAGGGAUAUGGCCGGGUACAUGCCAGCAAGGGCAGAUUUCAUUGAGGAGUUUGACAACUACGCUGAAUGGGAUUUAAGGGAUAUUGACUUUGUGGAGGAUGAUUCAGACCUUUUACAUGCUUUGAAGAUUGCAGUUGUAGAUAUCUAUCACUCAAGGUUAAAGGAAAGGCAACGAAGGAAAAAAAUUAUAAGAGACCACGGACUCAUCAAUCUCAGAAAGUUUCAGAUUCUGGAAAGAAGAUACCCAAAAGAGGUUCAGGAUCUUUAUGAGACCAUGAGGCGCUUUGCAAGGAUCCUAGGACCAAUGGACCAUGACAAAUUCAUAGAAAGCCACGCACUGGAGUUUGAGCUACGACGGGAAAUCAAACGGCUACAGGAGUACAGGACAGCAGGAAUCACCAAUUUCUGCAGUGCAAGGACAUACGACCGGCUGAAGGAGACCCGUGAGGAGGAGCGCCUGAAGCGCACGAUGCUUUCUGAAGUCCUCCAGUACAUCCAGGACAGCAGCGCUUGUCAGCAGUGGCUCAGCCGGCAAGCAGAUAUCGAUUCUGGCCUAAGUCCUGCAAUGCCAGUUACGUCAAAUUCAGGCAGAAGGAGCGCACCUCCACUGAACCUCACUGGUCUCCCCGGCACGGAAAAACUUAAUGAGAAAGAAAAAGAGCUCUGCCAGGUAGUUCGAUUAGUCCCUGGAGCCUACUUAGAGUACAAAGCGGCCUUAGUGAACGAGUGCCACAAGCAAGGGGGCCUGAGGCUUGCCCAGGCCCGAGCCCUCAUCAAGAUCGACGUGAACAAAACCAGGAAGAUCUACGACUUCCUGAUCCGAGAAGGAUACAUCAGCAAAGUCUGACGGGGAAAGCAGUGAGCCGUUGCUUCGUCUCCGGCGAGCACUUUCAACUCCCGAGGCCCUUCAGAUUAUAUUAAGUCUUGGAGAAUUGUGACGAGCUCUCUGCGCAAAACGGGCUUCUUUUCCUGUUUUGCUUUUUAACUGUGCUGAGUAACGUUUCUUGGCCUUCUGCUGCUGUGAACUUUUGGAAAGAGCUGUGGGACGUAUACAUCUAUUAUUAAAGUAUGGAGUGGGCCUUUGUUUCUCACACCCCUUGUAACGAUUAAAAAAAGGAUGGAACUGCA